ACUCACUCAGCCAGUUAAAGCCUCAAUCAACGGCACGUGAAUGGGCUUCGCCAGAGUGGCAGAGGCUGCAUCCAUCCACCAUAUGCAAUUGCUGCAGCCUUGCAGCAGCUUCCAAGCAAAACCAACUAUUCAAAUGUUUGAUCUCAUUUGGAUGUAGAUCUCAUUCUUCUUCGACAACAACCAUGGGCGAAUCCGUCAGUAGCUGCAGCAGCAGAAGCAGCAUUCUUGUUUCUUCACUCGCCAUUUUCUUGCUUCUUGCUGUUGCUGGGGUUAAUGCAGACUCGCCCUACAGAUUCUACACCUGGAAAAUCACCUAUGGCGAUGUCUACCCUCUAGGAGUCAAGCAACAGGGGAUAAUGAUUAAUGGCCGAUUCCCAGGCCCUCACAUUGACGCCGUGACUAAUGACAACGUCAUUAUCAACGUCUACAACUACCUCAAAGAGCCCUUCCUCCUCUCCUGAUUCUGCAAUUUUAGCAAUCUCAUCAACUCGUCUGCUUUGAUUAGGAAUGGGAUUCAGCACAGGAGGAACUCAUGGCAAGAUGGAACCUACGGAACCAACUGUCCAAUCUUACCUGGAAAGAACUUCACUUACAUUCUCCAAUUCAAGGACCAAAUCGGGACUUUCUUCUACUUCCCAUCUCUGGGUUUCCACAAGGCUGCUGGUGCGUAUGGCAGCAUUAGGGUUUGGAGCCGUCCCAGAAUCCCAGUUCCUUUCCCUCCACCUGCUGGUGACUUCCACCUUCUAGCUGGAGAUUGGUACAAGACCAAUCACUAUAUUCUGAGGAGGUACUUGAACGCCGGUCGUGCUCUUCCCAUGCCAGAUGGGCUUGUCAUCAAUGGCCGUGGAUGGAAUGGAAACACCUUCAGAGUCGAACCAUGGAAGACUUACAGGUUUAGGAUAUCGAAUGUGGGACUUGCCACGUCCAUCAAUUUCAGAUUCGAGGGCCACAAGAUGAAGUUGGUGGAGGCCGAAGGAGCUCACACUGUUCAGAACGUUUACAACAGCCUCGACGUCCAUCUGGGUCAGUCUUACUCUGUCUUGGUCACCAUGGACCAACCGGCCAAAGACUACUACAUCGCAAUCUCCACCAGGUUCACCACCAAGGUCCUGACCACCAUCGCCGUCCUUCACUACAGCAACUCCCGCCAAGGAGUCUCCGGUCCCGUCCCUCGCGGCCCGACCACUCAGAUCAACUGGUCCCUCAACCAAGCCAGAACCAUUAGGCGGAAUCUGACGGCGAGCGGGCCAAGGCCGAACCCACAGGGAUCAUACCACUACGGCAUGAUCAAGACCACCCGCACCAUCACCCUGGCGAACUCCGCUCCCUGGAUCAACGGGAAGCAGAGGUACGCCGUCAACGGCGUCUCCUUCACCCCCGCCGACACGCCGCUGAAGCUGGCGGACUACUUCAACAUCCCGGGAGUAUUCAACGUCGGAAGCAUCCCGAUGAGCCCGAACUCCGGCGGGAACGCGUACCUCCAAACUUCAGUAAUGGGCGCGAACUUCAGAGAAUUCGUCGAGAUCGUGUUUCAAAACUGGGAGGACACUGUUCAGUCGUGGCACGUCGACGGCCACGCUUUCUUCGUCGUAGGGAUGGACGGCGGGCAGUGGACGGCGGCGAGCAGGCUGCGGUACAAUUUGAGGGACACGGUGUCGCGGUGCACGGUUCAGGUAUAUCCGAGGUCGUGGACGGCGAUCUACAUGGCGCUGGACAAUGUGGGGAUGUGGAACAUUCGAUCGGAGAAUUGGGCGAGGCAGUAUCUCGGGCAGCAGCUGUAUCUGAGGGUUUAUAGCGCGGCGCAUUCGUGGAGAGAUGAGCUGCCGAUUCCCAAGAACGCGCUUCUCUGCGGCCGGGCACGCCGCCGUCACACUCGGCCGCUGCUCUAAAUCUCUGUCUUUUCUCGAUUCAUUCUUUCUUUCUUUUCCCACGCUUUGAUUGACGUCGAUGAUGACCUUUUGUGUGGGCCUGACUCGGGCCCCUAUGUUGUUCGGCUUAGUGUUGUUGAGUUUCUUGUUUUCGUGGGCUGGGCUUUUCCUGUGGGGUGGGUUUUAGUUUGUUGGAUCUAGUUUGGGUUGUUUCUCACAACCAUAAUAAUAUACCAUUUC